AAGAAAUGCUAUUGACAUUUUGAAGGGCUGAGUGCAAAGAGGCAAUUCAAUCUUGUCGCGACUUUCCGAGUUGUCAGCCAAGAUUGUUUACAAGUCGGCGGGAAGAAGUGCUGAGUGCGUUUGGUGCGGAGGGCGGAAAGUGGAUUGUUAGUGAUUGCCUCGCAAAAUGGACAUUUGCGGUCCUUUGGACAGCCUGAGUGUUUUUGAUGAUCUCUUUAAAGAUGUCAAGUUUUACAUCACUGGAAAUGUAGAGCCACAGGUCUUGAAACUUUUAACGGACGGAGGAGCCAAACAAGAUGCUCACAUUACAGAUUAUAUGACUCACCUUAUUACGGGAGAGGAACCCAGUGAAGAUGAAAUUGGAGAGGUCAAGGAUAUUUAUGAAAAGCCUGUUGUUACUCAGAAAUGGGUCAUCAUGUCGGCCAAAUGUGGGAAACAACUCCCUUCAGAGGCAUUUUCCCCAGACACAGGUCAGCUGUUUUCUGGUAUUGUAGCUUGUUUGUCGAAGAUGGGCCUUGCAGAUUCCAAAGCCGUGUGGGCAAUGAUAACUUUUUAUGGAGGAAAGUGUACUCUCUUAUUAAACAAUAGCUGUACUCACCUCAUCAUUGCUAAACCAGAAGGGGAUAAGUAUGCCACUGCACUGAGGCAUGAAGAACAGAUUAGUGUUGUCACACCUGACUGGGUAACAGACUGCAUUGCAGAAAGUACUAAGCUUGAUGAACUGGAAUAUCAUCCACGACUUUUAAAGCAACCAAGACCUCAAGGAAUGCAGCAGCAACCAAUAGUAGUGUCAAAAGAAAAAAAGAGAAAACCAGUGUAUCUUCAGCAAAAGACAGAAGAAACAAAGAAGAAGGAAGAAAAAAAAAAGGAACCAGAGAAGUCAUUGUUUGACAGUUUGCACUUUAGUGAUGAUGAAGAUGAGGAUGAAGAUGAGGAUGAUGGAUCAGAUAAAGGGAUGUCCCUGUUGGAUCAACUCAAAACUCCACAGUCUUGGAAGCAGCUAAGUACUAAGCCCACAACCCCAUGCAUACCAGCUCCAGCUAUCAGUAGUGCCUCCCAAGUCAUAGAAAAGUCCUCACCACCCCCGUCCAUUCAACUUGCACCAUCAUCUGGUCAACCUCCCCAGUCAUCAAAUCCGAUUGCCCUCCAAAGUACAGCUGCAUCCAAAAGUUUUCUUGAAGAUGCUCUUCAGGAAUCAGAUCAGGAGCAGCCAUCAGAGUCUGUUAUGCAGACUGUAAACCAAGAAACACCACCACCGGUAACAACCCUUCCUCCAGUAUCAACUCCCAUGGCAACAUUGUCUACAGUUGAACCUGAUUUGGCAACCCAGAUUUUGCCAUCUUUAGAUGGGCAACCCAUAUUACAAGAUUCCCCAACAUCUUCAAAUGACAACCAACCUCCAGCAGUCAGUUCACCCCCGGUUCCUGUUGUUCCCACAGGUGCAAGUGCUGGAAUGCCUCUACAGCAGUCCUCUGCACCAACAGCAUCUCCUAUUGCUGCAUCUCGACUAACCCCUCCAAACAUAGCUCGGUCAGUGACACCAAAUUUAGCACAGUCACCCUCAGGUAAUGUUGCUAGGGCAACUCCACCAGGAGUAGCUCGUGCUACUCCUCCAAAUUCAAGAGAAACCCCUCCUUUUCCAUCUGUUGGAGGUCUUUUGUCAUCUAGUCCUCAUGUUGGCCCACCUCCUGUUUCCACUCAUACACCUCCAAAUAUCUCCAGAGGAACACCACCAAAUAAUUCAUGUAUAACUCCUCCCAAUGUUACUCAGUUAGCGCAGCCAGUAGCACCACGUACUACACCUCCAGGUACCUUAGGACCAAUGCAAAGGACACCUGGAAUGCCUCCUGCAGUGACAGGUCCAGCUGUCCGUGCAAGUGGGGUGGUGAUUCAGGGAACACCUGGCUCUGUACGCUCGCCUAGUAUGCCCAGCACAGUUCCACAGCAAGUUCAUGCCGCGGCUAUCCCAGGAGCUGUUGUGAGACUCCCUCAGGGUGUCACAUCUCAUGAACUACAGCGAAUGACACCUACUCAGCGUCAGGCAUUUUUGCAUAAUCUUCACCAGAAACAAUUGCAAGAGCAACAGAAUAGGGCAAAACCCCGUGCUGGAAAGCCGCCAGAGCCACAGUAUAAGCCAGGUGUGCGCUUUGCUCCACCAGCCAUUCAUGGUCAACCUGCUCCUGCUACUCCUGGGACCCCUUCACCUGGUACACCAGUGUCUACAUGGCCUGGGGGAAAUCCCAGUGGUGUUGUAAGACCUUUGAUGGCAGCUGGAUCAAGUGGAACUGUGGCUGUGACUUACCCUUCAAAUCAGUUGCGAUCACAAGCACCUGGUGGUUCACAGCCAGCCCCUUCUGGAAGCCCAGCUGAAGGGGUGCAACCUGGUUGGCCUUCUCAAGGGCAACAGCAGCAGUAUCCUGGGGGUCAGCCUCCACCUGGUACACGAGUUAUUGUCGGCCAAACAGUAUGGCAGCAGCAGCAGCAACAACAGCAACAACAACAGCAGCAACAACCCCCACCACCACAACAGCAACAACCCCCACCACCACAACAACCACCUCCACAGCCUGGAAUUAGGCCUCAAAACCCAUCUGCACCAGGCCAGCAACCUGCAGCACCCACACUUCUUCCUCAGCACAUGCAGCAGUUACAGUUACAGAUUCAGCAGUUAUGUCAACAUUUUCCACAUCUUACUCACCAGGAUGCCUCUCAGCUCAUCCAACGCAUCCCAGCUCAUUUUAGACAUAUCCAGCAGCUGGAUAAUGCACAAAGAAGUGAAUAUUUGGGCCAACUUGAUUCUAAGGAAAGGCAGGUUGUUACAUAUUUCUUCAUGCUUAAAAAGCAACAGCAGCAGCAGAUGUACCAAAGACAACAUCUCUUACAGCAACAACAGCAACAGCAACAGAAGGUUGGGACACCGCAGCAAUCUCCACAUUCGUGGCAACAGCAACAGCAACAACAGCAGCAACAGCAGCAGCAGCAACAACCACCAACUCCAGGUCAACAACCAGGUCAGCAACAAGCUGUUCAGGGAGGUCAGUAUCCUCCUAUGUCACCUCAUGGACGUCCCUUAACAGGUCGUCCCUUACCCCAAGGUUAUACAGCUGUGCAGGCUGGAGGAGUAGUAUCACCUGGUCAGGGCUCUCCUCAUAUGGUAGCUGGUGGCCAAUUAACUCCUCAGCAACAGCUUACUCCACAUGUAUCUCCCCUUGCCUCUCCACAUGGGCAUUCUCCUAUCCAGCGUGGAGAUGGGGCAGUCAUUGGUCAUGCAGCUGUUAUGCAAGGCUCGCCUGUUCCUCAGAAUUUAGUUAGUCAGAACUUAGUGAAUCCAAAGACAAAGACUGCAUUGGCUAUCCAUCUCACUAAUCGCCUGGCUGGUGGUGUUCAUCAAGGUGGGGUGAUACCUCAAGGACCUCAAGUACCCAUGGAGAUACCAGCACACGUUGUUCCAAAGCAGUCUGCCAUUCCACAGGAAGCUGUUCAAGGUCCUGGUGGUGAACAGGUGAUGAUGUUCCAAAGAAGGGCAUUGGGUAAUAUAACUGGAUCUGUUACCAAUAAUCCAUUACGACCUCCUUCUCAAGGGGCUCCAACAGCAGCACCAGCAGCGGUUGGUAGCACCCACUCAUAUCCACGCCCCAAUCCUCCCAGCCACUCAUCAUCUGGAGCAACUGCUGUGAUAGGAUCUGGUGCACCUCAUUAUCCAAGGCCUCAUCUUGUUGGUCAUGACACUAAUAUUAUGUUGCCAAGAGAGCUAUGUUUGGUUGGUUGUGUCUUUUACAUUGCUGAUUACCAUGCAGAGGUUACUGGUCAGACACUUUGUACUUGGAAGAGACUGAUUCAGCAACAUGGAGGCGAAGUGGUUCCUCUGUAUGACUCUGCAAGAGUAACCCAUUUAUUAUGCAAACAUCAAAAAUCACCAGUCUUUAUGCAAGCUGUGAGAGAAAAUAAGCGCUGUAUCACAGUAUUUUGGUUGAAUGAUGUAUUAUUGCGAGGUAAAAUGGCACCUCCGUGGCAGGCUAUACAUCUUCCAACACCAUUCGGAAAUGACAACAAACCAUGCAAGGACCUUAUUGUUAGUGUUAGUGGGUUUGAGAAUGAAGAAAGAACCAUAAUUAAGUUAAUGCUGCAGCUUGUGGGAGCAAAGUACACCGGAUGUUUCUCAAGACAUAAUAACCUUCUAGUAUGCAAAAGGCUUGAAGGAGCAAAAGUAACCAAGGCAAGGGAAUGGAAACGUCCUGUGGUUAAUGGUGUAUGGCUGAGUGAAGUUUUGCUUGGGCAAAACACACCCCCUUUAGUAUACCAUGGUACUCGUUAUCAGCACUAUCUGGAUGAUCCAUUACGAAUAGAUCCUUCUUUAGCAUCUCAUCUUUUCAAUGCUUGGAAGUAUCCAAUUAGUGUAUCAAAAGAAUCAGUAGAAAAGGCAAAGGCUGGGAGAGAAAUAGCCUUAAGGAAGCGAAGAUCAGAAACAGAUGGUGAUCAAGAAAACAAACGAAGUCGUCUUGAACCACCUGUUGCUCCACAUCUUGGUCCUGCUCCACCACACCUUCCUUCCUCUCAAGGACCUCCCAGCCUUGGACAGAAUCCUCCUAAUGGAGUCUCACAGGGAUCUGUUAGUGGUCAGCAGCCAGUUGGAUUUAGAGGUCAACUCACUAUUAUCAAUAAAGAAUUGCCACCCGAGCAACAGCGUCCACGAAUCCUCUUGUCGUCAGUUAAAAAUAAAGAAGAUAUUGAAAGGAAAGUACUGGAGUUGGGUGGAUACCUUGCCCGCACUAGUGUAGAAGCUACACAUCUUGUUAUGGGAGGUGCCUGUGCCUUGCGUACAAUCAAGUUCAUGUGUGCAGUAUCAUGUUGCCAGUACAUAGUGUCAUUGCAGUGGGUGAUAGAUUCUCACGCUGAAGCAAGAUUUCUGCGAGAACAUGAUUAUGUAAUGAACAUGCCAGAGUAUGAGAAAGUUUUCAAGUUUAGUUUAAGGGAAACACUAAUGAAGCCGCAAAGACGACGACUAUUUUCAGGUAGAACAUUUUAUUUAACACCAUCAGUAGUUCCAGGUAGAACAUGGCUGAAAGAAAUAAUUGAGUGUGCUGGAGGAAUUGUUGACAAUAAACUACGUUCAUUAAAAGAAGUUAAGGAAAGGAACAAGGAUGCAUCUUAUCAGUACCUAAUUAUUGCAGCUAUCUCUGAUUCUCAUUUGGUACGAGAUUUCCUCCGAGAAUCAUUGCCGGUAUAUAAUGCAGAAUUUGUUCUUGGAGCCAUCUUAAAACAAGAAGUUGAUACUGAAAUUGCACGAUAUUGGGAAGAGGAUUAAUGCCAAUCAUCUUUGGGCUCAUCUGUAUCGUCAAGUAAUUUAAUUUGAUUUAUCGUGUACUGCUUCUCUGCCCAUGAGUGUACACUUCAUGAGUGUACACACAUGCACACACACAUACAUACAUAAUAUAUAUAUAUA